CCGCCCGAGCCUUUGCCAGGGGAUGAGGUGGGAGGCGCUAGAAACCACUUAGCUACAGCCAACCGCCCAAUGCAGCACUCGCUCGCUCCCCCCGCCAGCGGAAGCGCCCGCGGAGCACAAUGCAGCACUGAGCCGCGGUGGAGGUUGCAGCGCCACGGCCGCCGCAGCACCGGCCGGGGCUGGGAGGAGGUGCCCGCGGGAACCCCGGGGGCGCGGAGCGAGGGAAACGGACUCGGCGGCCCCGGCAUGAGGAGCUGAGCGUCUCGGGCGAGACGGGCUGACGGCAGCGCCAUGCAGGCGGUAGUGGCUGUGUCCGUGCCCUUCUUGCUGCUCUGCGUCCUGGGGACCUGCCCCCCGGCGCGCUGCGGCCAGGCAGGAGACGCCUCAUUGAUGGAGCUAGAGAAGAGGAAGGAAAACCGCUUCCUGGAGCGCCAGAGCAUGGUGCCGCUGCGCCUCAUCUACCGCUUGGGCGGCGAAGACGAAAGUCAGCACGACGCGCUCGACACGCGGGUGCGGGGCGACCCCGGUGGCCGGCAGAUUCAGAUGUUUUUGAAGUCAGAAUCCCAGAAGACCAUAUACCAGAUACAGUUGACUCACGUUGACCAAGCAAGCUUCCAGGUUGAUGCCUUUGGAACGUCAUUCAUUCUCGAUGUCGUGCUAAAUCAUGAUUUGCUGUCCUCUGAAUACAUAGAGAGACACAUUGAACAUGGAGGCAAGACUGUGGAAGUUAAAGGAGGAGAGCACUGUUACUACCAGGGCCAUAUCCGAGGAAACCCUGCCUCAUUUGUUGCAUUGUCAACAUGCCACGGACUUCAUGGGAUGUUCUAUGACGGGAACCACACAUAUCUCAUUGAGCCAGAAGAAAAUGACACUACUCAAGAGGAUUUCCAUUUUCAUUCAGUUUACAAAUCCAGACUGUUUGAAUUUUCCUUGGAUGAUCUUCCAUCUGAAUUUCAACAAGUAAACAUUACUCCACCAAAAUUUAUUUUGAAGCCAAGACCAAAAAGGAGUAAACGGCAGCUUCGUCGAUAUCCUCGUAAUGUAGAAGAAGAAACCAAAUACAUUGAACUGAUGAUUGUGAAUGAUCACCUUAUGUUUAAAAAACAUCGGCUUUCCGUUGUACAUACCAAUACCUAUGCGAAAUCUGUGGUGAACAUGGCAGAUGUAAUAUAUAAAGACCAACUUAAGACCAGGAUAGUAUUGGUUGCUAUGGAAACCUGGGCGACUGACAACAAGUUUGCCAUAUCUGAAAAUCCAUUGAUCACCCUACGUGAGUUUAUGAAAUACAGGAGGGAUUUUAUCAAAGAGAAAAGUGAUGCAGUUCACCUUUUUUCGGGAAGUCAAUUUGAGAGUAGCCGGAGCGGGGCAGCUUAUAUUGGUGGGAUUUGCUCGUUGCUGAAAGGAGGAGGCGUGAAUGAAUUUGGGAAAACUGAUUUAAUGGCUGUUACACUUGCCCAGUCAUUAGCCCAUAAUAUUGGUAUAAUCUCAGACAAAAGAAAGUUAGCAAGUGGUGAAUGUAAAUGUGAGGACACGUGGUCCGGGUGCAUAAUGGGAGACACUGGCUAUUAUCUUCCUAAAAAGUUCACCCAGUGUAAUAUUGAAGAGUAUCAUGACUUCCUGAAUAGUGGAGGUGGUGCCUGCCUUUUCAACAAACCUUCUAAGCUUCUUGAUCCUCCUGAGUGUGGCAAUGGCUUCAUUGAAACUGGAGAGGAGUGUGACUGUGGAACCCCGGCCGAAUGUGUCCUUGAAGGAGCAGAGUGUUGUAAGAAAUGCACCUUGACUCAAGACUCUCAAUGCAGUGACGGUCUUUGCUGUAAAAAGUGCAAGUUUCAGCCUAUGGGCACUGUGUGCCGAGAAGCAGUAAAUGAUUGUGAUAUUCGUGAAACAUGCUCAGGAAAUUCAAGCCAGUGUGCCCCUAAUAUUCAUAAAAUGGAUGGAUAUUCAUGUGAUGGUGUUCAGGGAAUUUGCUUUGGAGGAAGAUGCAAAACCAGGGAUAGACAAUGCAAAUACAUUUGGGGGCAAAAGGUGACAGCAUCAGACAAAUAUUGCUAUGAGAAACUGAAUAUUGAAGGGACGGAGAAGGGUAACUGUGGGAAAGACAAAGAUACGUGGAUACAGUGCAACAAACGGGAUGUGCUUUGUGGUUACCUUUUGUGUACCAAUAUUGGCAAUAUCCCAAGGCUUGGAGAACUCGAUGGUGAAAUCACAUCUACUUUAGUUGUGCAGCAAGGAAGAACAUUAAACUGCAGUGGUGGGCAUGUUAAGCUUGAAGAAGAUGUAGAUCUUGGCUAUGUGGAAGAUGGGACGCCUUGUGGUCCCCAAAUGAUGUGCUUAGAACACAGGUGUCUUCCUGUGGCUUCUUUCAACUUUAGUACUUGCUUGAGCAGUAAAGAAGGCACUAUUUGCUCAGGAAAUGGAGUUUGCAGUAAUGAGCUGAAGUGUGUGUGUAACAGACACUGGAUAGGUUCUGACUGCAACACUUACUUCCCUCACAAUGAUGAUGCAAAGACUGGUAUCACUCUGUCUGGCAAUGGUGUUGCUGGCACCAAUAUCAUAAUAGGCAUAAUUGCUGGCACCAUUUUAGUGCUGGCCCUCAUAUUAGGAAUAACUGCGUGGGGUUAUAAAAACUACCGAGAACAGAGACAGUUACCCCAGGGAGAUUAUGUAAAAAAGCCUGGAGAUGGUGACUCUUUUUAUAGCGACAUUCCUCCCGGAGUCAGCACAAACUCAGCAUCUAGUUCUAAGAAGAGGUCUGCUUUUCUGUCGCAUUUUCAGAUUUCUACCUGUUCCAUCACACAUUAUUCCAUUAGUCAGAACAUUUCAUUAUUUUGCAGCAGGUCAAAUGGGCUCUCUCAUUCUUGGAGUGAAAGGAUUCCAGACACAAAACAUAUUUCAGACAUCUGUGAAAAUGGGCGACCUCGAAGUAACUCUUGGCAAGGUAACCUGGGAGGCAACAAAAAGAAAAUCAGAGGCAAAAGAUUUAGACCUCGGUCUAAUUCAACUGAGAGGGAGCCCCAAGCACCUGAGCCUGGGCACUCCCUCGCCCAGACAGUCCCAUCCCAAGGCAUAAGCCCAGGGGGCUCUGACAGCCCCCAGACAGGGAGUCUGGAUCACAGGACUUUAUCUCCUGCCAAGUCUCCUUCUUCAUCAACUGGGUCUAUUGCCUCCAGCAGAAAAUACCCUUACCCAAUGCCUCCACUUCCUGAUGAGGACAAGAAAGUGAACCGACAAAGUGCCAGGCUAUGGGAGACAUCCAUUUAAGAUCAACUGUUUACAUGUGAUACAUCGAAAACUGUUUACUUCAACUUUUAUAGAAACCCAGGCUUAUGGAAUCACUGCAAAUCUAUCUGCUCUUCAGACAAUACGAAGACCUCUGAGAUGCUACAGAGGAGAGGAAGCGGAGUUUCACAUCUGGUUACCAUUUUCUUUUUGUCAUUGGCUUAGGAUUUAACUGAACCAUGAAAAGAACUACUGAAAUGUUACACUAUAACACGGAACAAUAAAGGUACUGGUAUGUUAAUGGAUAAUCCGCAUGACAGAUAAUAUGUAGAAAUAUUCAUAAAGUUAACUCACAUGACCCAAAUGUAGCAAGUUUCCUAAGGGACAAUAGUGGAUUCAGAACUUGACGUUCUGAAGCACAUCCUCACUGUAAACAGUAAUGCUAUAUGCAUGAAGCUUCUGUUUAUUGUUUUCCAUAUUUAAGGAAACAACAUCCCAUAAUAGAAAUGAGCAUGCAGGGCUAAGGCAUAUAGGAUUUUUCUGCAGGACUUUAAAGCUUUGAGAGGCCAAUAUCCCAUAGGCUAACUUUAAACAUGUAUUUUUAUUUUUGUUUUGUUUUUUACUUUUCAUAUUUAUAUUAGCAUACAAGGACAAUUGUAUAUAUGUAACAUUUUUAAAAUUUAAAAAAAAUGCAGCUGUUACACACAAGUGUAUUUUGCCAAAUGCCUAAAAAUUCAGUCACAGUCACAUCAUCGUCAUCCAUCCAGUGAUCUUCAAAGACUAUAAGCAGGUAAUGUUGUAAAUAUAGUGGUCAAUGCUGUAAAUGUGUCUCUCCAUAAUUGGUAUUUGUCCAAAACAUGUGAUACUCUCUAACCUGUGCACAGUCUGGGGCAGUUUUAUUGAGUAAGUAAUUGAGUGACAGAACAAAAUGCCCAGCAAAACUUCUGGCCUCCACAGUCUGCUGAUGCAGGAGCCCACUCUGCUGCUGAUGGGCUGCUCCCUGGAAAUCAUCCAUCCCAUCCAUCCAUCCCAUCUCAUCCCAGUGAGCCAGCCCCUCAGCAGUGUGUGCUGCUGAGAUUAAGCAAGUGCACCAAAGACACAUGAGACAACGUACUGCCAGUGAGCUGGUAGCUUCUGGCUUGCCAAUACUCUAACCCUUUGUGGCCUGAAGUUUUGUUCCUUGGCAAAACUUUUUAGUCACCCUUAUCUGUGAAAUGAAUGACUUGUUUUAACAAAAACAACUUUGACACUGUUGAUUAAGAAUAUUUGUCAUCACUGGGAUGUGAGUCUCAACAAGUCAUUCUGCACUGACUCUGAAGCAAGAUGACGGAAGAUUCUACUCUUUGAGUUGGGCAGCUUCAACCAUUCAUAAAGGGUUAAGUUAGAUCUAAACCACAGGGAUGCAGCAACUGCGAAGCUACACUAACAGCUGGCGAGGGAAAGAAUCUGAUGCUUUGAAACAUAUAUUUUUUAAUCCAUAGGAAAAUAAGAUAGUAUUUUAAAAGACCCUUCUUUAAAACCAAAGUUCGAUAGCUGUUAUAAUGGCAGAUCUGUCAUUCCAAAAGAAAGCUAGCUACCCUAGUGAGGCUGGAGAUUGAUGGGCUCAAUCACAUGGUCUGCUCUGAAGUAUACUUCUGAUUUCCUCAUUUUCUCUGUGUUCUUAAGAGGAAUGGAAUCUGCAGACAGGUUUUCAGAUAUACUCUCUAAAUUUGAUCCUCUCCCAUAGUAUCCAUGGACAAAAUCCAUAUCAUCUUCAUAUGUAAUCAAUUUGAUUAUAUAUCAUGCCCAAACUGAAGGGCCGAGUUAGAAGGCAGCAUUUUAUACUGUGUGUUUAUGUCUUCUGUAAUGGACCUCUCUUUUAAAGUCUUUGAAAUGUUUGGAAAGCAAUUUAAUGAUCCAAAAUUACAUAAUGUAAAACAGCAUUUUUCAUGACAGGAAGGGAUGUGAUUGUUGAUAUGACCAUAAAGCGAUCCAUCAGGCCAAGGUUUGGGUGAGUGUUGGGCAGUGUUGCCACAUAGCUCAAGCCAAGAACAGAAGGGCAGACAGACUGAAAGAUGUAGCAAAUAAAGUGACUUUUUACCAAGAUCACUGUAACAUGCACUGAAUGUUUCCUGGUACUGAGUGUAUAAAAGGCUAAUGCUAUAAGGUUUAUUUUGACUAUAAAAGAGUUUAUAGAUUUGAAUAUAAGGUGCCUCAUGUAAAUAUGCUUCCUAGUUACAGGUACACAAACUCUAAUUUGAAAGAAUCCACAAAUGGCUGAGAAGUUAACAGAUCUCUGUCUAUCAUUCAUCUGUGUGUCUUUCUUCCCUCACCACAGGUAUUUUUACAUGAAAUUAUUAUUUCAAAUGAAAAUCAUUAUCAUGUGCCUUUUGGGAGACAUGGUUGCUCUAGAGGUAUAUAGUUUGUAAUUACCCUCCUUGGUAAUAACCUUCCUGUGGAACUGAAUGAAAAUUUUUCUGUUUUAUUUGUAGAGAUUAUGAUUUUAGGUAUACAGUAACUUUAAUGUUCUAUUCUUGGAAUCUACUCUAUCUCCCAUGUUUAAACAUUCUUAGAGCCAUUUGUGGGAUUCAUUGACAAAUUUAUAGUCUCAAGGGAGAGUUUCAAGAAGUAUCUAUAUGUAUACUCAUGGUUGGGGUUCUAGAGGCAUUACAUCUAAAUAUUUAUGACUUUUCAUCCACCGAGGUAGGUAGCAUUAAAUAUACAAGCACAGCAUUAUUUCUCUUUAAAUAUCUAUUUUGGAGAGAAACUUUGAGGCCAUAUAACAGUUUAUAUCAUGCAACUAAUAUUUAUAUUUCCCAAUCCACUACAAAAUCAUUGCUAAGCAGAAGAGAGCAGUUAUUUAGCCUUUAUGUUCCAUUGUAUGCCUUUUUCCCCCUCUUUCUAGUUUUAUGCAUUGAUAAGACUACAGAUUGGCACUGCUCCGAGAUGUUCCAUUUAUCCAUAGUCGUUGCAGUGCAGUAAACUCUCAUUUAAAGGAACAUUUAAAUCUCUCCAGUAAGUGUCAACAGGAAGGCAUGGGAUAGCAGGGAAUCUUUAUGGAGUGGACUGGCCGCAUGAACUGUCCUCUGCAUCUAGCCACUCUUUAUUUAGAUGGGAAGUGGCAUGGUCCUCUGAACGCUGCAGGCUGGAAAUGAUCCCCAGGGCACAUGCAAUCUGUGGAAAGGAAUAAAUUGGACAGUGCAACAUGGUGAGGGCUUUCAAUUUGCUGUGGUUGCUGUAUUUUUAACAAGAAACCCGAAGCUUCGAUUAGGAAUAACCUAUCAUUAGAAUUGUUCCUUUAAAAAAUGUUGAUGGGUAAAGCAAAUGUGGGCUUAAAAUGCCAACUUAUUUUUCACUUUGAUAUUGGUGCUUUAUUAAGUGAUACCAUAGUUUCUCUGUCUUUUCCCUGUUACUUUAAAAAGAAUUUUAAAAUUGUGUUUGUAUGUAAGGUCAGUCUGGCAUAGAAUUUCUGAAAGUAACAUUAAUAGGGUUUCUAAAGAAGUUGUCAGAAAGACAAAAUUAGAUAUUCUCUGCACUUUCAGAGAAGGACUAUUUAUGUUUGAAUUUCAUAACAGGCUUACAUUUCUUUUCUGUUGAUUCCCUUGCAUAUCUACAUAAUUUAAUCCUGUCUAUUGUCCCAGAUCUCUUGUGGCUACUUUACCUAUUACCUUUUUUGGGAUUUUGUUCUUUAUGUUUUACAGUUACCUUUGGACCAGAAGAUAUAUGGUAUUUUUAUUCACUUUUUUCAGUGUUUUAAAGUAAGGUUUGUUCAUUUAUUCAUUUUAUCCAUUCAUUUCCUAUUGUCAUGUAGUUCUAACCAUAUAUAUAUAGUACUUUAAAUAUUUUCUUAUGUUAUUAUUUAACACGAUAAUAAAUUCUUAUCUAAAGAAAAGACUAUUUUACUUUAUUUUACUUAAAGGAAAGAGAAUUUAUUGGCAGGAUAUUGAGUAGCUUGUAGAGUGUAUGGAAGGGGAGAGUUAGGAACUGGCAGGAGUGAGGAGGGACAAGACAGCUGCCUGCACAGUCUGAUAGGACACAUCUGGCUGCUACCACUGAAUGCCCACAUGGGCAGCAUAUUGUAAAUAUCACCCUACCAGUUGGUAAGUUGGCAUGAAUUUUCCAUGAAACACUCUUGACUCCCAUUUGCAGCAUCAUAUCUACUUUUUAUGCACCUAAUUAUAUUUUUCCUUUCACUUUUAUGUUUGAUUUUUUUUUCUAAAACUGCCACCUAAAUACCUUUCCACCCCAUUAAAUGUAUGGAGUCAAGAUAAAUUUCUCAUUCUUGCUUUACAGUUUAAGAUGUGUAAGAAGUAAACACUUCUGUGGAAUAGGGCUUAAUUUGGGGCUCAAAUGUUUUGGUUUUUUUCCUCCUGAGAUGUUUUUGAAUGGAUAAGACUACUCUGGUUUUGGAUGCAGCAACUUUUCUCCUGGCAUGGAAGAACUAGGGGUUUUGAUAAACAGUUUCCCAUUGAUAGUAUAAUAUAAUGAGGGGCCCAGUCUGCUCUUGUGAAAAUUGGCUGAGCGGCAGCGGCCCAUCCCAGCUGUGUGUGAGUAGCCCUGCUGUUAAAAGUACACCUGCUGGGAAUUGUUGGCACAUGCUCAUAGCAUAUGCUCUGUGGGGGAGGUGCUUUUAAUUCCAAGAGGAGCUUUUCUCCCACAUCUGCAGAUGCAGAGCAAAGAUGCAGCAGGACUUUAGAAAACAGGAGUGUUUCUACUGACAUUUUAUUCAUUGCUUUGUUAGUCCCGCAAAUGGAGCAUCUUCUGGUUGUUUGUAAGCAGAAAAAACAAAACAUUCAAAACCAAAAACCUAAUUAGUACUUUUGUCCUUUAUAUCCCUAGUCUGACAAACAGUAAGCAUCCUCAUGGUGAGAUUUUGAGGGAUGCUUCCAGAACCAUCCUGCUUCCCAAGUAGCUCCCCCUUCAGUAGUUGUGCAGCUAUUUCCUCCUGACUAGGAACUUUCUCUAAUGUGGAAGUCAGUUCCUUUAGCCAAGCUGUCCCUUGGGAGAACCCUAGGAUGCUCUAGGGAGUAGAGGUGGCAGUCAUCUUUAUCUUCGCCCACUGGCACAUUAGCAGCUUAUGCAACUUAUGAAGUCACUGGGAGAUGAGUCCCAAGAGCAUGAAUUUCAGGAUGGGGAGGAAAUAAGAAGCAGAGAACUUUGGGAGACCAUGGGGCAUUUAGUCCUGGCAUAGACAAGAAUGGAUAUCCACAGGAAGAUUCCUGAAGCCAGAUAUGCAGGAGAGCACACAUUGUCACGAGGGAUGUGGUGGCAAGAGAGGUGCUGGAUGCCUAAGACAGACUUGUGUGAUUGGCAGAUUGACUGAGUGUUGACUCUGUGACUACUUUGUGGUCCCGUCCAUGAUAGGCCAGUCACUCCUGCCUGAUGCAUCCCUGUUGCAUUGUUCAUAGAACCUGUAUCAUAUGGGGAAGCUUCAAGGCUGGCAGGCUUUUCAUCAAGUAAUCAUCAUUUCAUGUUCCUAUGUAUCCCUGAAAUCAAAACCAGGCAAUAUGUGUUUUUGGUUUUGUUUUACAAAAAGGCAUACAAUGAGACGAAUUCUUAAGAUAAUGCAUGUACAGAAUCAUCAAUAAAGUUUCAGAGUUUAUGAAGAAAAGGUAUUUUCCUUUCUUGUAAAAAAUAUGUUAUAUAUACAUAAUAUGCUGAUCUGCAUUCACCUUAGGGCUUAGCCUCUUAUUUUAUGAAUUUUCAGGCUGUGAUUUAUGUUGGAUGGUUAAGCUCUAAAAUAAUGCAAAUAGCUCCAAUCUUUAAAUAUAGCGGUGCUAAGUUGAACAAGUAACACAAUACAGAAAAUGCUGAUAUGAAUACUUAGUAAUAAUACAAAAGUUCCUGCUAAAUUAUAUAUGUGUAUCACUGCCUGAUUAAAAACCCCACUUUUCUUUUCUAAUCCAGCACAAAAUCAAACUCUGAUUCUACAACCAGUCUUUUGAAAGGGCAAAAAUGACUCAACACCUUUGUUUUGUAUAGAAAACUUUUUUUUUUUACACUGACUGCAAAAGUGCUUAAAAAAAAGGUUUAUUCAGGAUAGAUAACCAUGUACUCCUUUUUUAACUUGCUGAAAGACUUGCCCCUCCAAACUAGCACCCCCAAAAGGCAACUUCUUUCAGAAACAGGGUGUUUUACCUAAACAUAGUAGCUUACAUGUUAGCCAGCAGUAGGUCGGCAUUCGUGUUUUCCACAGUUAUCACCUUUGACAGGUGAUGUCCAUCUACAGAUAGUGGAAGCCACCCCAUGGGGAGGUGUUAAUAGCAGCAUGGUUUCACUUUUGGUAAUCAGGUAAUCAUGUGUAUAUACUUAGAUUCGCAUUAUUUUAACAUUUCUCUGCUACUCUGCACUUCAGGUUUGUUAAGCUAUUUUAAUAAUUACUGGGGUUAUGGCAAACACCAAUGGAAAUGUAUAUGGCAACUGCUUUCCUGAGCAAGUGUGAUUUGUUUUAUGGCUCUUCAAGUUAUAAAAUUGUUCUUACAUUGUAGGUAAACAAAAUCUUGAUGUUUUUAAAGGUCACUGUAACUUAAGGUUCAAAUUUCUGGCAGAGUUUUAUUAGUAUUCACUUCGGAAGCUAAUAAGAUACCAUGGUUUUCUAUGUUACUCCCAUUGUAACAUUAGUAAAGUGACUUUCAAUAAAAGAUUUAUGUUAUUUUGA